UGCUUGUAUAAUUGUCUUAGGCUCUAUUCCUUUACCCAAAAAAAAUGACAUUAUUAUAUUUUUUGAAAAAGAAAACUGUAAUUAAAUUAAAAAUUUAUUAGAACAGUAAAGAUUACAAAACAGGAUCUGUGCGUCUAUGUGCAGCGCAGACCCCAUUUGUCCGAAUUGCAGUGGAAACUAUAGCUAUGCUCGUUUCCGUUGCUUCUUACUACACUUUUUCUUUUUCGUCUUCCUUUUUAUUCUUCUUCUAAUUCAUUCCCAAUCACCCCUAUAAAUACCUAGAGAGCAGAUUAUCAGAAUCUCUUCGGUUUUGUAUUUUCGCUGCAAUUCAAAUCUCUUUACUAAGUCAAUUCACAUUCUUCGCGUCAAAUUACACGUACUCAGUCACGCACAAUUCUCUCAGAGACGUCGUUUACUUUCCCUUCUACAGUAGCUGAUGGCGACGACUGCCACAGAGCGGGAGCUGAUCGUCGUCGUUGAAGGCACUGCCGCCACAGGUCGUUUUUGGCAGACUAUCUGCUCUGAUUACCUCGAGAAAAUCAUAAGGAGUUUCUGUGCGCAUGACACGGCAAGCCAGAAGCCAUCUGCUCCUGGUUUCAGGCUUUCUCUGGUCGUGUUCAAUACUCAUGGUUCCUAUAGUGGCUUCCUGGUGCAGCGGUGUGGUUGGACAAGAGAUGUUGAUAUUUUUCUUGAUAGGCUUUCAGCAAUACCUUUUGGUGGUGGGGGUUUUGGUGAUGCUGCAAUUGCAGAAGGGCUUGCUGAAGCUUUAAUGAUGUUUUCUCCUGCUGGAAAUCAAGCUCAACAAAGUAUUGAGGGGCAAAGACAUUGCAUUCUUGUUGCUGCGAGUAACCCCUACCCAUUGCCUACACCAGUUUAUCGUCCAAAACUGCAGAAUGCUGAGCAGGGUGAUAAUUUGGAGCCUCCUUCAGACAAUCGUCUCUCUGAUGCUGAGGGAGUAGCAAAAGCUUAUGCUCAGUGUUUCAUAUCCUUGUCAGUUAUAUGUCCGAAGCAGCUUCCCAAAAUAAAAGCAAUUUAUUUUGCGGGAAAGCGUAAUGCUCGAGCCACAGAUCUAUCUGUUGAUAAUCCCAAGAAUCCUCAUUUUCUGGUUCAAAUAUCUGAGAAUUUUAUUGAGGCUCGUGCUGCCUUAAGUCGCUCUGGAAUUGCAAAUGUGUCCACCCAAAGCCCGGUGAAAGCAGACACAGCUUCUGUUCCACCUGUUUCUGGACCUCCUGCAACUUCUAAUCAAUCAGCAAAUGUAGCUGCCGUGAAUCGUCCAUCAGUUCCUGUUGGGGGCAUCCCUCCUGCUACUGUGAAAGUUGAACCAGCCACCUUGACAUCUAUGGUUGGACCUACAUAUCCACAUAUUCCUUCAGUCCCUCGUGCUACAUCACAAACCAUUCCAAAUAUGCAGACCUCUUCACCCAUGUCAGGGUCGCAGGACAUGAUCUCAACAAAUGAGAAUGUUCAAGAGGUGAAACCUACUGUCAGUGGUAUGACACAGCCACUACGUCCGGGUGGUGGCGCAGCUGCAAAUGUGAGGAUUCUGAAUGAUGUUGCCCAGGCAAGGCAGGUUCUUGCAGGAGGAACUUCUAUUGGACUUCCAUCUAUGGGUGGGACAUCCAUGCUCCCAAACAUGAUAUCUAGUGGAAUGACGUCUUCUGUCCCUGCUGCUCAAAAUAUAUUAUCUUCAGGGCAAUCAGGUGUUGCAUCAGUUGCAGGUCAAGUGCCAUUAACAGGGAAUGCACAGGUCGCACAUAGCUCAGCCCCAACAUCAUUUCCUUCAACGAGUCCAAAUCUAUCUGGGAAUUCAAAUCUUGGCAUGUCACAACCAUUAGGUAAUCUCCAAGGUGGUGUUAGCAUGGGCCAAACAGUUCCUAGCAUUAGUCAAGGGAGUGUGACAGGCACACAAAUGGUACAGAGUGGAAUGGGCAUGAAUCAGAAUAUGAUGAGUGGCAUUGGGGCAUCUGGUUUAACCUCUGGAACUGGAACUAUGAUUCCUACUCCUGGAAUGUCUCAACAAGUUCAACCAGGAAUGCAGCCUCUUGGGGUUAAUAAUAAUCCUGCAGGUAGUAUGCCCGUGUCACAGCCAACAUCAAGUACAAUGCAAUCAGCACAGUCAAAAUAUGUCAAAGUCUGGGAGGGAAACUUAUCAGGACAGAGACAAGGCCAGCCGGUUUUUAUUACUAGACUAGAGGGAUACAGGAAUGCCACAUCUUCGGAGACGCUAGCUGCUAAUUGGCCCCCGACCAUGCAGAUUGUUCGCCUUAUAUCCCAGGACCACAUGAAUAACAAGCAAUAUGUUGGCAAGGCUGACUUCCUAGUUUUUCGGGCGAUGAAUCAGCAUGGAUUUCUUGGGCAGCUACAAGAAAAGAAGCUCUGUGCGGUGAUACAACUACCCUCACAGACGUUACUCCUCUCUGUUUCUGAUAAAGCUUGCCGCUUGAUUGGAAUGCUUUUCCCUGGGGACAUGGUCGUGUUUAAGCCUCAAAUUCCCGGUCAGCAACAACAGCAACUACCACAACAGCAGCUCCAAGCACAGCAGCUACAGCAACAGCAGCACAUGUCCCAAUUACAGCAGCAGCAGCAACAACCAAUGAUGCCGAUGCAACAACAGCAACCCCUCAUGCAAAUGCAGCCGCAACAGCAGAUGCCGCAGCUACAACAGCAGCCGCAACAGCAGAUGCCGCAACUACAACAGCAGCCGAUGCCGCAGAUGCAACAGACGCCGCAACAAAUGUCGCAGAUGCAACAGACACAGCAACAAAUGUCGCAUAUGCAGCAGGCGCAGCAGCAAAUGCCACAGAUGCAACAGACGCAGCAGCAAAUGCCGCAGAUGCAACCGAGCCAGCAGCAAAUGGCGCAGAUGCAACAAACACAGCAGCAAAUGCCGCAGAUGCAACAGACUCAGCAGCAAAUUCCACAGCAGCAACAACAAAUGGUUGGGACUGGAAUGGGGCAAGGUUACAUGCAAGGGCCUGGACGAUCACAACUGAUGUCACAGGGACAAGUAGUAUCUUCACAAGGUCAACCUACCAUGAACGGGGGAACCUACAUAGGUUAAUUAUCUAUUCGUUUCUUCAAAGUAGUGUUUCAGGUAGAAAUUUAGCCCUAAUCACUUCUUAACUGACCAUAUGAAGAAUUAUGUCUGUCGUACAUUCCUUAAUAUAUGUGGAGAUAGUGAACAGAAUCAUCAUUGAGUGAAGAAAAUGUUUUUGGCAGUCAGAAUUCAGAAAGAAAGGUCUUAGUGUGAUUUGUCGUAAUUUGAGGCCGCAUACGGAUCACCAACCCGGGGUUAUUGGAAAUGGGUGGGGGAUACAUCAAAUGAUCAAAACUGAAAGCGGUAGGCCUUCACCACCUUCGAGCUUUGGGAAAUGUAUAGUUUUGUUCUUUUGGUCUCCAUUCAUCGCUCAGAUAAACUAUUGCCUCUUUAUAAAGCAAC